AUGCCUAUUCAUUCUCAUCAUUUCCUCCUCCGCCGCCACCAAGCAUCGGCAACGCCGCCAUGCCGCCACCUCGUUUUGUAUUUCCACGACGUACUCUUCAACGGUCACAAUUACCAAAAUGCCACGUCAACAAUCAUGGGUUCCCCACAAUGGGGCAACAGGACAGCCUUGGCGGUGCCCGCCAACUUCGGGGACGUAGUCGUGUUCGACGACUCCAUAACCCUAGACAACAACUUCCACUCGCUACCGGUCGGUCGAGCCCAGGGGACGUACAUUUACGACACAAAGUACCCGUACAAUGCGUGGCUCGGGUUCUCGUUUGUGUUCAACUUGAGCGAGUACUUCGGGACGCUGAACUUUGCCGGGGCUGACACGAUGAUGAAUAAGAUGAGGGACAUUUCGGUAAUUGGAGGGACCGGGGAUUUCUUAUGGCCCGUGGGGUCGCGACACUGUCUACCGAUGCUUUCGAGGGCGAUGUGUACUUCAGGCUUUGUGUUGAUAUUAAGUUGUAUGAGUGUUAGUAAAUUUGGAGCGGGUUAA